AUGAAAAAGAACACCAAGAAGUAUCUGUGGACCAUAAUAGCACUAUUACUUAUGAUGAUAUUCACUGGUGUCAUAUAUGCACAGCAGAGGAAGAUAGAUGCGCUGAAUGAGAAGAAUAAUGAUAUUGAUCAAAUAGUCAAAAAGAAGCAAUCACCAAAAAAGGGGGAGACUGGGACAGAGACAAGGAAGCUGAAGGAGGAGAAUAAGCAUCUGAAUGAAAUAAAGCAGAUUGUGAUUGAGUGGUUCAAGGAGAAUGAAUUUGAUAAAGCAGGACUACUUGAUUUGGCCGAUAAGAUAGGGGUGCAACCGAGUUCAGAGAAGUUUAGAAAUAUCAUUUUGAAAAGGAAAAAGCCUAAUAAAAUAAUGAGGAGGUAUUCUAAGAUAGAAAGCAUAUUUGGAAAGAAAUUACCAGUAAAUAAGGCACUUGGGAACAAACCAAAAGCAAAAUCAAUAGGUGAAAUGGAGGAAAAGAAUGAGCCAGAAAGUGCACCAAGAGCCAAAACAGCAGGUCAAUUAGCUGAGAUGAAUCCAAAACAGUUUAAAGAGGAAGGCAGUAAAAAGAAGACUGAAUCAGAAUCAAUAGACGCGCCUGUUGGUAAUUCCACUGAGAAUGGUUCAUUGGAAUGGGACAGUGUACAUGAUCUGGAUGUUGAAGAAGAUGAUCCAAUAGAACUAUUAAGCGUACUAUUUGAAAAGUAUACAAUAAUGGAUAAGGGUGAUCCAACUCGAGAUGCAUUAGAUACACAAAUCCAUAAUUAUAUAGAAAUUGUGAAACGAACAGUAGAUGAAGCAUAUUUGACCAUAUCAUCAACAGAAAAUGAAAUAACGGACCUAAAAACUGAAAUGUACACAGUUGAGCUUUCACUAAAGGCUUUGAAAGAGGAAAAUGAGAUUCUGAAUGGCGAGAAAGAGGAUUUAGUGGUUCAGAUAGAGGAGAUAAAUAAGAAGAAUGAGGAAUUGAAGAAGAAAAUAAAGAAGGCGACAAAGAAAUCGUAUGAGGAGAGUUCAGGUUCAGUAGAAGAGGAGGAAGAGGCUGUGUCUGAAAAGAAGAGUAAAAGUCCAGUUCCACGGAAAUUUAUGAGAACAGUGGCCGUAAGUACAGAAGAUAUAUUGGAAGGAGAGGAGGAAGAAGUAAGAAGAAAAGAAAAGAAAGGGAGAACGUCACGUGGAUCACCAAAGAAAGAAGCAGAAAUUGACGAUCUACUUGAAAAUUUAGAGUUGCAGCUGUCAGACCUACAUAUAAAGCACAAAAUGUUGAAGGCACGCAUGGUAGAAGUUACACAGAAAAACUUCGAAUUGGAGGCCUACAUUAGCCACUAUGAUGAAGAAUACGGUAAAGCAGCCACGAAAAACAUACAAUUGAAGCGAGAAAAAGAUUUCCUUAUUGACAGAAUCAAGAUGUAUGAAGCACUGGAAGAGGAGAAGCGUAAUCUACCUAAGGGAGAAACAGGUGUUAUAGAAGAAGAAGGAGGGGAAACAGUGUUCUACAACCCAGAAUCAGAAAAAGAAGAUUAA